AUGUUUAUUGUUUUUGCAGCAGCAUUCUAAUUAUCUACAAGAAUCACUUAGGAUUUGAAAAUGCCAAUAUUACAUUCAGAUCAAGUUAAUCCCUGGUUUUUAGAUGACCAAAACCAAAAUGAAGCUUUUAUUGAUUGGGAAGGAAAUCAAGUGCGAUAAUUUCACACAUUUAAUGAAAGUAAAAAAAUCUUGUAUUUUAAAUAGAUCAAUUUCCAAUUAAUGUAACACUGAGAAUUUCAACAUAAUCUGAAUUUUACCCUUUUAUUUAGGAAAGUCUUCAGCUAAGAUUUCCAGAAGUAGAUGAAAUUACAUUUACUUUAUUACCAAAGUAAUCUUAUUAAUUAGCAAUUGAAUAUAAUUGCACUCAACAUAAUGAAGGAAUCCAAUAAAUUGAUUUAAUUUUUAUGGAAUAAACAUUUAAGAAUAAUCCUUAAUAUUUAGAUGAGUUAAAUUAGAUUAGUGUUAGGUAUUAUAAAUAUUGCUAAAACCCUCACACAGCCCUAAUUGAUUUUAAGAAUAUACUCGUAGUAAUUUUGAUAUAUAUUACUACGACUUGUAGCUCACUUUUUUGUAUUAGAAAAGUUUUUACAUAAUUUGAAUUUACUCCAACUAAGUAAUUAUUGACACUUUUAUUGUUUCCUGCUAUUGGAUCAUUAUUAGAUUAUCCAAAAAUAAUAUCAUUUUUUCUCGCUUUUAUAGUGCUAUGCGAUUUCAUUUAUUAUGCCUCAAAAUCAUCAAUUAUUAGCAUAAUAGUAUCCUUCAUUAUCUUAUAUUUUCAACACUAUAUUUUUGAGUCUGCUCAAAUUGAAUAAGUUUUCUUUUAUGAUGUAUUUCGUCAAAUACUUCCGUGUAUUAUUACAAUUAUAUUGCUUAUUUAAGUUAAUCGAGUAAUUAUAGAAUUAAAUUUAGCGCAUAAUCAUUGCCAAUAAAUUUUAACUAUUUUUAUUUUUUUGCAUUAUUUGGCUAACUGAAAUUUAUUCUCUGGUUCAUAGAACACAAGUUGAUAAACAUUUACUAAUUCAGAAUCCCUAAGAGAUGUCUGGUUUUAUAAAAACAAAGUUUUCAUUUUUAAUUGCAAACGAACAUACCUUAUGGCAAUAAAAGUAAUAAUUUGAAACUAGUUAGAAAUAUUGAUAUCCAUUUAUAUUAAAUAAUCGGGUUAUCUUUAAUACAAUCUUUCAUUUUUCGACAUGGACUAUUCAAUAAAGAACAUAUUGUAAAUAUUAUCAUUGUUGGUAUAACCUAAUUUACUGGAUUGAUAUUGUUUGAUCUGCUGUAUCGCUAUAAGCACAAUCCUCCGUUCUUAACACUGAUUACUGGAUUUAUUUUGCUUGGAAUGAUGUUAAACUAUUUAAGAACUGGUUCAGGAUUGAGAAAUCCUUAUCUUGAAUUUGAGUCAAUAGAAGAGAAAAUUAAGAUAUGA